AUUUCAUGUCGGCUUGCUUCACGAAAAGCUGUCUGGCUUUGUUCGGCGUCGGAUUUCCCGGUUGCAACCCAGGCUUUCCGAUCUUCUGCUCCUCAUCCUCUCUCUUCUCUCCACCCGCCGGAGCUCUUCUCCUGCCCUCGUAGUUCUCCUUUUUACGCUUUUGAGCCGCUUCUCUGGUGACGCCCCCGGCCGGCGAGUAUCGCCGGUGCUCUGUGCCUUGCGUCGCCCGAGCAGCUCCGCUGGUUACCCUGCUCCUCGAAGGUGAUUGGUUUCACGACAGUAUUUUUAUUCUUUCAUUUGUCGAUUUGUAGUUUGCAGGCAGAUUUUGAAUCAUAGAAAAUGGAAUUGGUUGUUUCCCGCAAUUUUUGGAUGUUUUUCUGAUUCGAGAUUUUAUAUACGGUAAUUUGAUUUUACUCGGCGGAAAGAAAUGGAGAAGUGUUCAUCAAAGUGCGAAGCUGCAUUUAUGGCAAUAAAUCUUCGAAUCUUCAGCUAAGCUCAAUUAUUAAAGCGAGUUAAUUCUUGAGUUUGAGAAAAAGGGGAAAUUUUCCACCUGGUUUCUCUGAUUCAUGAAAUUAAUGGUUAGAAACGAAGUGAAGUUGAUGUUUUGAAUUGCUGCAUCUGAGAAGGAACAUGAAGGAAAGUUUCCUAUGGUUCCUCCGAUCGAUGAUGUCAAAAAUUAAUGGUUAGAAGCGAAGUGAAUUAGUUGGUUGUUUCAAAAUUGCUGCAUCUGAGAAGGAACAGUUCAGAUGAACUAAGUAGGGUUUAAAAUGGUAAUCGCUUGAAUUGUAAAAUUAAUGCGACGGUGAAAGCUUACUGAGCCGUAAAUUAAGGUGUUUCGGUGGCCUGUGGGUGCCCGUAGACGUAGUUAUCUGAUGAAGCAAUGCUGCAAUUAAUGAUGAUUGGAUUACAGCUGUUGCUGUGAUCUGGAGCUAGAUUUUUCUGGCAAAAAAACUAGGCACGUAUGCUUAAUUUACACGGGCAGUGGCCGGUGAGUUGCUGAUAAGAAGACAACAUAAAUGUGCUAAUGAUAAUAUAACGGAGCACGCUGGUGACUGACUUGAAUCUUCUUGGAGUUGUCGUCUCUGUCGGCCAUCAUGAAGGCUCCGCCAAACGGCUUUUUGGGAAGUUCCGGAGAAGGAGAAAGGAAGAGUAUCAAUUCAGAGUUAUGGCAUGCUUGUGCAGGGCCAUUGGUUUCUUUGCCUCCAAUCCGUAGUCUUGUAGUUUACUUCCCUCAAGGUCACAGUGAGCAAGUUGCAGCUUCGAUGCAAAAAGAGACUGAUUGCAUACCAAGCUAUCCUAACCUACCGUCCAAGUUGAUUUGCUUGCUUCAUAAUGUCACAUUACAUGCUGAUCCAGAAACUGAUGAGGUCUAUGCUCAAAUGACCCUUCAACCUGUGAGCAAAUAUGACAAGGAAGCAUUACUGGCAUCCGAUAUAGGCCUAAAACAAAGUAGGCAACCAGCUGAGUUCUUUUGCAAAACUCUUACAGCUAGUGACACAAGCACUCAUGGUGGAUUUUCUGUGCCUCGUAGAGCAGCUGAAAAGAUCUUCCCACCUCUAGAUUUUUCAAUGCAACCCCCUGCUCAAGAGCUAGCAGCCAGAGAUUUGCAUGACACCACAUGGACAUUCAGACAUAUUUAUCGAGGUCAACCAAAAAGGCACCUGCUGACUACUGGUUGGAGUGUCUUUGUUAGUACAAAAAGACUCUUUGCUGGUGAUUCUGUACUUUUUAUCAGAGAUGAAAAAUCACAGUUGCUCCUCGGUAUAAGGCGUGCUAAUAGACAGCAACCAGCUCUCUCAUCAUCAGUCAUAUCCAGUGAUAGCAUGCACAUUGGCAUACUUGCUGCUGCUGCCCAUGCUGCUGCAAAUAACAGCCCUUUUACUAUUUUUUACAAUCCAAGGGCAAGUCCUUCUGAGUUUGUGAUUCCCUUAGCCAAGUACAACAAAGCAAUGUAUACCCAAGUUUCACUUGGCAUGCGAUUUAGAAUGAUGUUUGAGACUGAGGAGUCGGGGGUACGCAGAUACAUGGGUACGAUCACUGGCAUCAGUGAUUUGGAUCCUGUACGAUGGAAAAAUUCACAGUGGCGCAAUCUCCAGGUUGGAUGGGAUGAAUCAACAGCUGGCGAAAGGCCAAGCCGAGUUUCAAUUUGGGAUGUUGAGCCUGUAGUAACUCCUUUCUAUAUAUGUCCACCUCCAUUUUUCAGACCCAAGUUUUCUAAACCACCAGGGUUGCCGGAUGAUGACAUGCCCUGGCUUGGAGAUGACUUCGGCAUGAAGGAUGCCGCAAGCUCAAUCUUCCCUGGUUUGAGUUUGGUCCAAUGGAUGAGCAUGCAACAUAAUAAUCAAUUUUCAGCUGCUCAACCAGGAUUUAUCCCAUCCAUGGUUUCUUCCACUGCCCUGCACAACAACCUUAGCACAGAUGACCCAUCCAAGUUGUUGAGUUUCCAAGCCCCUGUCCUCUCUACGCCUAGCCUCCAGUUCAAUAAAGCAAAUCUACAUAACCAAGUCAACCAAUUGCAGCAGCCACCUCUGACAUGGGCCCAACAGCAGCAGCUGCAGCAGCUGUUGCAAACUCCUACUAACCCACAGCAGCAGCAGCAGCAAGCCCUUCAAGAGCAACAGCUGCGGCAGCAGCAGCCACCACUACUACACCAGCCACAGCAGCAGCAACAGCAACAACAACAGCCACAGCAGCAGCAGCAGCAGCAGCAGCAAAAUCAACAGCAGCAGCAGCAAAAUCAUCAGCAGCAGCAACAGACACUCCAACCAGCACUUGUAAAUAAUGGUUUAGUUGCUCCUAACCAGAUCCUAGGUCAAAAUUCACAGCAACCAGUUUUGUUCUCUCAGCUUCAGCAGCAGCAAUUACUGACUGGCAGUAACACCCAUUGCCAACAAAAUAUUCAUUCUGCAAAUAGGAGUUCAUUCCAGAUGACAUCCUUACCACAAGACUUGCAGUUUCAACAAGUAGAACAGCAACCUGGCCUCAUACAACAGAGGCAUCCACUGCAGCAGCCACAACUGCAACACUCCUCAGUGCAGUUGUUGCAAAAUAGCCUGUCGCAGAGGUCCCAACAGCAGCCAAACAUGCAACAAUCAUCACAGCAGAAUCUAUCAGAACAUCAGCUUCAGCUACAGGCACUGCAGAAAUUGCAGCAGCAACAGCAGCAACAACAGCAAUUGCUUUCUCCAGUAAGCCCUCGUUUGCAGCCUCAGAUAUUACAGCAACAGCAGGUCCAUCAACAAAACCAGCAAUUACCGCAGCUGCCCUCAUCCCAACCUCAGCAUCAACAACUCAGCAGCAACAACUUUUCAACAUCGUCACUCACACAAUCACACCAAGUUCCUGUGAGCCAGCUGCAAGUUCAGCUGAAACCACUUGUUGCAGUCAGAGCCCAUUCUGCUAUUACAGAUGGAGAUACACCAUCAUGUUCAACUUCACCUUCUACUAAUAAUUGCCAGGUUUCCCCAUCAAAUUUCCUGAGCAGAAACCAACAAGGGCGAGCCAUAUUGACCAGUGAUUCUGCAAUUGAGCCUGUGAGUAGUAACUUGGUUCAAGAGCAGAACAAGUCUGAUGUACGGAUCAAACAUGAAUUAGGCUCAAAAGGACCAGAUCAACUAAAAUACAGAAACGCCAUUACUGAUCAAUUAGAAGGGUCCUCAUCCGCUACAUCAUAUUGCUUAGAUGCUGGUACCUUCCCGCAGAAUUUCUCAGUCCCGACCUUCUGUUUGGACGGAGAAGUUCAAUUGCAUCCUCGGAACAAUCUUCCCUUCGAUAAUAUUGAUACUUUGGCGCCUGACACUUUGUUGUCAAGGGGUUUUGACUCAGGAAAGGAUCUUCAAAACCUGCUUUCGAAUUAUGGGGGCACUCCAAGAGAUAUUGAAACAGAGUUAUCUACUGCUGCCAUCAGCUCGCAGUCAUUUGGGGUUCCAAAUGUGUCGUUUAAGCCUGGAUGUUCAAGUGAUGCUGCUGUCAAUGAGGCUGGGGUUUUGAGCAGCAGCUUGUGGGCUAACCAGACUCAGCGUAUGCGAACAUACACAAAGGUUCAAAAGCGUGGUUCCGUGGGAAGGUCUAUUGAUGUCACCCGUUACAAAGAUUAUGAUGAGCUCAGGCAUGAUUUGGCCCGGAUGUUUGGAAUUGAAGGGCAGCUAGAAGACCCACACAGGACUGAGUGGAAACUUGUCUACAUGGAUCACGAGAAUGACAUCCUACUUGUCGGUGAUGACCCCUGGGAUGAGUUUGUUAGCUGUGUUCAGAGCAUAAAGAUACUGUCAUCCGCAGAAGUGCAGCAAAUGAGUUUGGAGGGAGAUCUAGAGAGCUUGCCAGUCCCUAAUCAAGCUUGUAGUGGGACCGACAGUGGGAAUGCUUGGAGAGGACAGUACGAUGACAACUCAGCUGCCUCAUUUAAUCGAUAAGGGUUUCAAUGUCCAAUGAUGUGGGCUUGUGCGUGUUCGGUAUGGGUUGUAUUGAAGAGUUUGGCUAGUGCCCCUCGGCUUUAAAAGAUCGGAGUUGAUGAACCCCUUCCUCCAGGAGAAGAACGUUUUGGUCUAACUUUUCAUAGAGAACUGGAGAGAUGUUCUUGCAAUAUUGUCACCUCUCCUGUAAUUACACGGGAAACAGCAUAUAUGCUAGUAGUGGGAGGAGCUGAGCUCUUUCUGAUGUGCAGAUUGCAGGUGCAAAGUACAUGGAUAUAAAUCAUGUGGGCGUCAAGCAACAAAUUUCAACAUUUGUGGUUCAAUGAUUAUCAUCUGCAUGGGUGAUUUAGUUUUAAGGUCAACAGGAAGGGAGAAACAAAAGGCAGGUGGGGGAACAAUAUUUACACCAUUGGUGUUUCGCACUUUUAAUAGUCAAUAGUUUUCUUAGUGAGAAUCAUGAAUGCUGUAAAGGAAAACUGAAUAUAUUAUUAUCUUUUAGCUGUAAUGCCUAUAUAAGACACUUCUGCCA